UCUUGGUUCAGCUCCGCAGCGGCAGCAGCGUGACACUCGCACACGUGUGUCCGCGGUAGAAGCGCCGGUUCUCGGCUCCAGCUCUCGGUUCUUCGCCCGCCCGUUUCUGCCAAACCAGAACCAUGUCGUGGCUUUUCGGUCUGAACCGCGGUCAGCCCGAGCCUCCCCCGGACCUGCCCGUACCGCCGCCCCCGCCGCCUCCGCCCGGGGGCUCGGGGGGCUCCGGCGGCUCCGGCGGGGGAGACAAGCCCAAGGACAAGUGGAGCAACUUCGACCCCACCGGGCUGGAGAGAGCGGCCCAGGCGGCCCGGGACCUCGACAAGUCCCGUCAUGCUAAAGAAGCGCUGGAACUUUCCCGCAUGCAGGAGCAGACGGUUCAGAUGGAGCAUCAGAGUAAGAUGAAGGAAUAUGAAGCAGCGCUGGAGCAGCUGAAGGGGGAUCAGAUCCGUAUCCAGGGGGAGGAGAGGAGGAAAAAUCUGAAUGAGGAAACUAAACAGCAUCAGUCGAGAGCUCAGUUCCAGGAUAAACUGGCCCGGCAGCGCUAUGAGGACCAGCUACGACAGCAGCAAGCUCUUAAUGAGGAGAACCUGCGGCGGCAGGAGGAGUCUGUGCAGAAGCAGGAGGCCAUGAGGAAAGCCACCAUCGAGCAUGAGAUGGAGCUGAGGCAUAAGAAUGAGAUGCUGCGGGUGGAGGCCGAGGCUAAAGCUCGAGCUCGGGUGGAGAGAGAGAACGCCGACAUCAUCCGGGAACAGAUCCGCCUUAAAGCAGCCGAACACAGACAGACUGUCCUGGAUAGUAUACGAACUGCUGGUGCUGUGUUUGGGGAGGGAUUUAAAGCUUUUAUUUCAGACUGGGACAAAGUUACAGCAACGGUGGCAGGUUUGACUCUGCUGGCUGUAGGUGUGUAUACUGCGCGUAAUGCUACAGGUGUGGGGGCGCGCUACAUCGAGGCUCGACUCGGUAAACCUUCACUAGUGAGAGAGACUUCACGAAUCACCGUGACUGAAGCUAUUAAACAUCCUGUGAAGAUGAGUAAGAGGUUGAUGAGUAAGCCUCAGGAUGCUCUGGAGGGAGUUGUACUCAGUCCAUCUCUGGAGGAGCGUGUUCGUGACAUCGCUAUCGCAACACGCAACACUCGCCAGAACCGCGGCCUCUACAGGAAUAUACUGAUGUACGGCCCCCCGGGGACUGGAAAAACACUAUUCGCCAAGAAGUUGGCGGUGCACUCUGGGAUGGACUACGCCAUAAUGACCGGAGGAGACGUCGCCCCCAUGGGGCGGGAGGGCGUUACUGCCAUGCACAAAGUGUUUGACUGGGCCGGCACCAGCCGCAGAGGUCUGCUGCUGUUUGUGGAUGAAGCUGAUGCAUUCCUGCGCAAGAGAGCCACUGAGAAGAUCAGUGAGGAUCUGCGAGCGACACUGAACGCAUUCCUGUACCGAACUGGAGAGCAGAGCAACAAGUUCAUGCUGGUUUUGGCCAGUAAUCAGCCAGAGCAGUUUGAUUGGGCCAUUAAUGAUCGAAUUGAUGAAAUAGUGAACUUUGCUCUGCCUGGUCCUGAAGAGCGAGAGCGGCUCGUCCGUCUUUACUUCGACAGAUACGUACUGGAACCGGCCACUGGGGGGAAACAGCGUCUGAAGCUGGCUCAGUUUGACUAUGGAAAGAAGUGCUCAGAAAUUGCUAAGCGAACAGAGGGAAUGUCCGGGCGAGAGAUUUCCAAACUGGGCGUGGCCUGGCAGGCCGCUGCCUACUCCUCUGAGGACGGCGUUCUGACCGAGGCGAUGAUCGACGCUCGGGUGGACGACGCUGUCCGGCAGCACGCGCAGAAGAUGAACUGGCUGCAGGACAGUGAGGGCACCACGAUGUCCCCCAGCCACCAGGGGGCAGCUGUGGGUAAAGGUGCCAAAAUGGGCUUUAUAGUGCCUCAGGAUGCCCCCUCUAAAUCUGAGGAGGUGCUGUCUCCCCUGCAGGGGUCCUGCCCUGCUCCGGACUCUACCAUUCCAGCAGGAGAGGGGGGAGCGGCCGCGGAUAAACAACCAGUCCCACCAAAGGAGGAGGGCACACCAGUUUAACCAGUCCGGUCCGGUUCAGCUGAAUCCAGUCCAGAGGCCAUAUUUACACCACCACACUGCAGAACAGGACAGCAGCUCCUUCCUGACUGUGAAAAAAGAUUAGCUGGACAUAUAUAUGUAUAUAUAUAUAUGUAUAUGUUUACAGUGUGUAUACAUAUGUAUGAAUGUGUGGAUAUAUGUGUGUGUAUAUGAAGCAGGAUCAGGAGUCUGCAGAGUGUGUGUGUGUGUGUGUUACUCACUUACUGACCCGGGGAAACACUGUUCAGGUACCUUCAGAUGGAUUUACAAAGGUUCUGUGUCUGUAUGCCUGUCUGUUAAUAAUAAUAAUAAUUAUAAUUAUAUUAUAAUACUAUAAAGGGUCAGUGGACGUGUCUGUGUGUCUGCUUGUCUGGACCUUUGAGAAAUUACAGUUACUCAAACACACACACACACACACACACACCCAAAAUAUCUCCCUGUUGAGAUAAGAAAGUAAGUCAGAAAAAAACUAUACUGUUAACUUUAAAAUCAGUGUUUUUCCAUUAUUUAAAAAUAUUCUACAUUCUAGAUUAAAACUUAAGUCAUCCAAACUAUGAAGAAAAACAUAUGGAUUUAUUUACUGAACAAAAAUGGUGUUAAACAAACCAUAAUAUGUUUUAUAUUUUAGAUUCUUAAAAGUAGCACCUCCUUCAGCUUUAUGAGGUAGAGUCACCUGGAAUUCAGGCUUUCAGUUAACAGCUGUGCUGAACUCAUCAAGAGUUAAUUACUUGAAUUUCUUGUCUCUUAAUAAAGUGUUUGAGAGCAUCAGUUAAAGUAAAGUAGUGAAGAGGUAGAGUUACAGGUAUACAGUGAAUAGUGAAUAUUUGAGUAUUGUUCUAAUCCAGGUUAAGAGAAGAAACAACUACUCAACUAAAUAAAGAAAAACAUCAUUUAAGGCAAUCCGAAACAUUUUAAGAGCUUUGAAUGUAUCCUCAGAUGCAGUCAUCGCAAAGACCAUCGAAAAAAACGUUAUGAUGAAAUUGGCACUCAUCAGGAGUUAAGUUAACAGCUCCCCAGAUAAGAGCACCUAAAUGCUAAAUUCGUCACAGAGUAUUCUGGUUUGUUUUUAAGUUACUACAUGAUUCCUUAUGUGUUCCUUCAUAGUCUGAUAGAUCCCUUCACUAUUCAUUUACUAUGUAGAAAAAAAUAUAUAUAAUAAUAGUGUCCAAACUUUUGACUGGUAUAUUGCAGCUGUGAUUCACCAGGGCUGUUUAAACUGUGCCGAUAUAUAAUAUACUACUCUUAUUUGCUGAGGUUUGAUCCUUAAGAAAGAUCUAAAUAUGGCUACAUCUACAUCUUGCAAUUUAACCCCAAUAUCUGAAUCUCACAGGGAGUGAUUUUGGACGGUCUGUUCGUGUCUGUGUGUGGUCAGUAGUGAUGGACGGAGGGGUUUUGGGGGGGGGGGGAAAUGUAAAAGAAGAUUUAAAACUUAAGUGAAAUGUUGAAUGUGUUGUAUGUGUAAUGGAUCUCAUGUACAUUAUCUGUUAAAACGUCAAAAGAAAAACUGAAAACGUCUGAAAAGGAAACUGUAAUGAGCUGGAAAGCAUUUAUAUGCCUAACAAUAAAAUA